AUGGCUGCGUUCUUACAGUGGAGACGAUUUGUAUUUUUUGAUAAAGAGACAGUGAAGGACGCUGGAGAUAAUGGGAAAAACUUCGUCCUCCCCGUCGGCAUAUCGGCUUGUGACUCGGGCCGGGGCCACAUCGUUCUUGGAGAUAUCCUUUCAGUGUUUUCCAUCAUGUAAACAGUCUAGCUAGUUAGCUAUUGCUCGCUAACUUGCUGCACAGACACCCCUCCCUGCAAGCAGUCUGUCUAAGCAAGUGAGCUAAUAAUGCUUCCUAGUUAGCUCCAAGUAAGGAAAUUAUUAAUAAUGAUUGCAUUUAGCUAGUUAAAUGGUAACAUUUGAUUUGGCUAGUUUGCUAGCUGACUUUAGCAAACAGCCAGGACAUGAGCCUUAUUUAGUUAACUUGGUAAGAAGUUAGCCUUGGUACCAGUCCGAGAAAUUAGCUUGAGAGGAAUGAAUCAACAAUCUCAGACUGGCUCCCAGGCAUUCAAAGGCACAAUCAACGGAAUCAAUGGCCAUGUUCAAAUAGGCCCUAAAAUUACUGAUGCACCAAGUCUGAAACCAACAGGACCCUGAAAAUAUUCUACCCCCAAGCCAUAAGACUGCUAAAUAGUUAAUUAAAUAGUUUACAAUAGCUACCCGGACUAUCUGCUUUGACCCUUUUUGCACAAACUCUUUUGACUCAUCACAUACGCUAGGGCUUUUCAACUAUAUUCUUAUGGGGGCAAGAUUUGAAAAAGGUUAUUUACAGGGGGGCCAGACUUUUUCUACAUGGGAUUACUCUUCCUAAAACCGGUAUAAAAAAACAGUGUACAAACAAUUAUAAUCUUAUAAAGAUUAGCCUAAUUCAGUGCAUCAAAUUGUUUAAAUAACUGAACACAUUUGUACUUUUAAAACAGUUGACCUGCAUCACAUUAAGGCAUUUCUACUUUCCUGUCUGUUUUACAUACAGUGCCUUUGGAAAGUAUUCAGACCCCUUGACUUUUUCCACAUUUUGUUAGGUUACAGCCUUAUUCUAAAAUGGAUGACAUUGGAUCUUUGCCUCGAUCCUGACUAGUCUCCCAGUCCCUGCCACUGAAAAACAUCCCCACACAUGAUACUGCAACCACCAUGCUUCACCGUAGAGAUGGUGCCAGGAUUCCUCCAGACGUGAUGCUUGGAAUUCAGGCCAAAGAGUUGGAUCUUGGUUUCAUCAGACCAGAGAAUCUUGUUUCUCAUGGUCUGAGAGUCUUUAGGUGCCUUUUGGAAAACUCCAAGCGGGCUGUCAUGUACCUUUUACUGAGGAGUGGCUUCCAUCUGGCCACUCUACCAUAAAGGCCUGAUUGGUGGAGUGCUGCAGGGAUGGUUGUCCUUCUGGAAGGUUCUCCCAUCUCCACAGAGGAACUCUGGAGCUCUGUCAGAGUGACCAUCGGGUUCUUGUUCACCUCCCUGACCAACGCCCUUCUCCCCCGAUUGCUCAGUUUGGCCGGGUGGCAAGCUCUAGGAAGAGUCUUGGUGGUUCCAAACAUCUUCCAUUUAAGAAUGAUGGAGGCCACUGUGUUCUUUGGGACCUUCAAUGCUGCAGACAUUUUUUAGUACCCCUCCCCAGAUCUGUGCCUCGACACAAUCCUGUCUCGGAGCUCUACGGACAAUUCCUUUGACCUCAUGGCUUGGGUUUUGCUCUGACAUGCACUGUCAACUGUGGAACCUUAUUUAGACAGGUGUGUGCCUUUCCAAAUCAUGUCCAAUCAAUUGAAUUUACCACAGGUGGACUCCAAUCAAGUUAUAGAAACAUUUAAAGGAUGAUCAAUUGAAACAGGAUAGCAGAGGGUCUGAAUACUUAUGUAAAUAAGGUAUUUCUAUUUUUAUUAGUUUAUGAAUUUGCUAAAUAUUCAAAAAACCUGUGUUCGCUUUGUCAUUAUGGGGUAUUGUGUGUAGAUUGCUGAGGAUUUUAUUUUAUUUAACCCAUUUUAGAAAAGGCUGUAAUGUAACAAAAUGUGGAAUGUCAAGGGGUCUUAAUACUUUCCAAAGGCACUAUAGCUUCACAAUAGAGUUUUUAUUUACACAUAGGAAACCUUUUAUGCAUGGCAUAUCUCAGUUGAUCAGCAUUACAUUCUGUUCUAUUUUCUAUUUCUUUAUCACUUCAUUAUUUUCUCUCUUGUUUUUUUACACAGAAACCUUUUAUGCAAGACGUAUCCCAGCUUUUGCAGGGAAGUCUCUCUUCCCCCGCAUCAGUAGAGAACGGGUCCCUAUAACAAACUGCACCACCUCUGUGGGGACUUAAUCUCGUUGCGAAAUUAGCUUUCAGUUUAUCUAAAAACUCAGACAUCACGGGAGUGAUCUGUACUGAUGAUGACUGAAUAUAGUUGUGUAGGGAAAUUGAGCGUUUUAUUUGGGCUCAAAUCAGAGGAGAAAAUAACAAUUAUUUUGAAAAUAUGUUUUUCAAUCACAUCAAUAACCGUUUUAUCCCUCCCCUCAGAGUGCAAAUUUGGUUUGGUCUCUUGCGUUUUUAUGGGACUAAUAAUAAAGACGUCAUUAAACGGUAAAAAUGAAUUACCUUUUAAUGUGGCAUGAACACAACCCGACAUUAUAUUUUUAUGUGGUUGUCAAACAAAUCAGUUAAAAUAGUAGGCUAUCUGUGCAUGUUCUUCCACUCCAAAAUAAUCCCAGCAUCCAAACUGCAUGUAUACUCGUGCCAUUUGAUGAAUGGAAAACACCAAAAAAGUGUGCCAAAUGACAUUCAGUCCUGGGAAAAACGGGAUGGUCACCUUAACACUCACGGUCAACUUACUAGACUAGGCUACAAUGUGUAUUACCAUUAACUUCAAAUAGGCCUAGCAGUAGCCAGUUAUGUAGCGGUAAAAAAAUAGGUGGUUAAACUCCGAAAAAAGUAAUGCUCCCUAUACUGUCAAGGCAUUUUUCUGAAAAAGGUGGGUAAACGGCGUUUACUUGGGUUUACCUGCCACUAGGCCUACACCACUGCCGGUAGUCUACCAUCUCAGCCGAGGCAAUUUUACCCACAUGAACACACGCAGAACAGGUAGCCUACAUUCAAUAUAAUACAUGAGUUGAAUAAAAACAUGUUUUACACCCUAGUUCAUGAGUUGUCCAUAAUUUAUGAGUCUUCACAGAUCGUGUGACAUAAAACACUACUUUUCUUUCCUUACAUUAAUGACACUUAUGACAGUGUUAGGCUAUUUGUCAUUGUUAAGCAUUUAACAAUUGAAUUAGAACAUUGAACUUAAACCCUGUACGAAUCAUGGAUCUUGGAGAUCUCGGAAAAUGCACUGUAAGUGUAACUAUGCCUACGUAAUAUUUAAUUAUGAUUCGCCGUGAAAACAGUUCUCAUGGGCACACAAAUCCAAAAUAAUAUAGGCCUAUGCCAUUACAAAAUCGAAUGCUUCUAACCGAACGUUAAUCUCUUCUAACCGAAAGAGUCAUCUUAUAGGUCUACUGUCAUUAAUAAUAUAAAUAAUAAAGCUAAUAAAUGGUCUACUACUUCUGGCCACGGAUGGCAUGGAGAACACCAGUACCCGCCUGCACCUGAAAAACAAAGCAUUGAGCUCUCUAAACAGCUGACUGCAAACAUGGAUACAUCUAAUGCAUUGAAAUAAAGGCAUAUGCUAUUUUUAUCAAGGACGCAUGGCAAACAAAUGGAGAAAAUUAGGAAGUACAAAGGAACAUCUAUACGUAAAGGCACUCAGCUGAGGCCGACAUUCAGCACUACUGAGUGGACAGCGCCGUCACAUAGAAAUAAAUGGUUUAACAAGGGAUGUCAAACUCAUUCCAUGGAGGGCCUAGUGUCAAGCCCUAGACAACCAGGUGUGGGGAGUUUCUUACUAAUUAGUGACCUUAAUUCAUCAAUCAAGUACAAGGGAGGAGCGAAAACCCGCAGACACUUGGCCCUCCAUGGAAUGUUUGACACCUUUGGUUUAAACCAUGACAUUGAUGUGGGUGUGUUCGUUUCAUUUGGAAGCUUUUAUUUUCAUAUUUACCACUGUAAAACAUAUUUACCACUACAUUUUACAUUUUAAACAAAUAGGACAAUGGCUAAAUUAGCAUUAUUUAGAGCUAACGUCUCAUUCAGUGGAGCUGAGCCCCCCCUGGCUCCCCCGUAAUUCGCACCUUGCCUCCCCUGUAGUCCCAAAUUAAGUCCAUUCAAUUAAUUGAAGAUGUCGCUAAAGAACAAACAUCUGAUACGAACUCCUCAUCAAGUAAUUUCGCUAGAUAUGGCUUUCUUGUGGCGGCAAUUGCGGAGAAAAGCAACUAUCUCCUCCCUAACAUUUACAUUACAUUUACAUUUUAGUCAUUUAGCAGACGCUCUUAUCCAGAGCGACUUACAGUUAGUGAGUGCAUACAUUUUUAUUUUUUAUACUGGAAUCGAACCCACAACCCUGGCGUUGCAAAUGCCAUGCUCUACCAACUGAGCUACAUCCCUGCCGGCCAUUCCCUCCCCUACCCUGGAUGACGCUGGGCCAAUUGUGCGCCGCCCCAUGGGUCUCCCGGUCGCAGCCGGCUAUGACAGAGCCUGGAUUCGAACCAGGAUCUCUAGUGGCACAGCUAGCACUGCGAUGCAGUGCUUUAGACCACUGCGCCACUCGGGAGGGACCUCACAUGGGCUGCUCUCUUCAGAGCAUUAUUACCUUUACUUAGCCAUCGAACAUCCUUUAUGUAAAAGUAGGCUAGAUCAUGAUGCUCAGCAGACUACGAAACAAGCGAUGUUGCAGGCUAGAUGUUGAUUGGAUAAAGUUUAUGAUCGCCAUAACUGAGUCCAUGGUGUUUUUUAACUCACCGCUGAGUUAAGCGCAAAGCACACUCUGAUAUAUCAGGCAGUGUAGAGAUCUCAUCUGCGGUGAAAGAGCCGAUAGGCAGGCAGACAGACCUGUACCCAUGUAAGCAGCUCUGAUUGGCUGUAACUGGUAUGUUGGGUGAUAUAGAGGGGAUUCGAUUAAUCUCGCCGGGCGCCUGUAUAGGUGUGUUUUGCACCGGCUUAAAGUUGAUUGCAUUCGAUUUGGAACCGGGCGUGAGCCAAGUGCCUCGCUCAGUCCGACGACAAAGUCUGCUCAGAACAAAAGUGACGUAGGUUAGCACGUACACUAUGAGUAGGAUUCCGUGUUUUCACAUGGAAAGUGAUUGCUUUUGAUAAAAACGCUUUAUCUGCCUUCCCAAUGAAAACUAUAGAAAAUUCACACAUAUAUUUUAUGGAAAGGAGAUGUUGUAUGUUUCUUAUUUUUUUUGUCAUUUAGCAGAUGCUCUUAUCCAGAGUGACUUACAGUAGCAAUUAGGGUUAAGUGCCUUGCUCAAGGGCACAUCGACAGAUUUUUCACCUAGUCGGCUCGGGGAUUAGAACCAGCAACCUUUCUGUUACUGGCACAACGCUCUUAACCACUAAGAUACCUGCCGCCUCUGAAUGCUGGCUCAUGAUGCUUUGUUGAAAACAUAACCAAGCGGUGCAGAUUGCUGUUCGAUUUGAGCAGGGCGCUCGUCCCUCACCGACUUCGCCUGGCCACGUGACGGGCCAUAUGCCGUUUCAACCCAGGCCAGUUUAAUAGAAAUCUGCCAUUGAUUGACAGCACUUAAUGGGUGGGACUACAGGAAAAACUAUUAUACCAUUGGAGAAUAUUGAAUGAAGGCUCAUUUUGGCACUAAACAUCAGAUAAACAUUUGUUUUUAUGUUGUUUGUUUUUUGUCACUGACCUACACACAAUACCCCAUAAUGUCAAAGUGGAAUUAUGUUUUUAGAAAUUGUUACAAAUUAAUUAAAAAUGAGAAGCUGGAAUGUCUUGAGUCAAGUAUUCAACCCCUUUGUUAUGGCAUGCCUAAAUAAGUUCAGGAGUAAACAUUUGCUUAGCAAGUCACAUCAUAAUAACUUGCAUGGACUCACUCUUUGUGCAAUAAUAGUGUUUAACAUGAUUUCUGUAUGACUACCUCAUCUCUGUACCCCACACAUACAAUUAUCUGUAAGGUACCUCAGUCGAGCAGGGAAUUUCAAACACAGAUUCAACCACAAAGACCAGGGAGGUUUUCCAAUGCCUUGCAAAGAAGGGCACCUAAUGGUAGAUGGGUAAAACAAAAAUAAGCAGACAUUGAAUAUCCCUUUGAGCAUGAUGAAGUUAUUAAUUACACUUUGGAUGGUGUAUCAAUGCACCCAGUCACUACAAAGAUACAGUCGUCCUUCCUAACUCAGUUGCCGGAGAGGAAGGAAACCACUCAGGGAUUUCACCAUGAAGCCAAUGGUGACUUUAAAACAGUUAGUGUGUAAUGGCUGUGAUAGGAGAAAACUGAGGAUGGAUAAAAAACAUUGUAGUUACUCCACAAUACUAACCUAAUUGACAGAGUGAAAAGAAGGAAGCCUGUACAGAAUAAAAAUAUUCCAAAACAUGCAUCAUGUAUGGAACAAGGCACUAAAGUAAUACUGAAAAGAAAUGUGGCAAAGCAAUCAACUUUUUGUCCUGAAUACAAAGUGUUAUGUUUGGAGAAAAUCCAAUACAACACAUUAUUGAGUACCACUUUCCAUAUUUUCAAGCAUAUCGUGGCUACAUCAUGCUGUGGAUAUGCUUGUAAUUGUUAAGGACUGGGGAGUUUUUCAGGAUAAAAAAGAAACAGAAUGGAGCUAAGCACAGGCAAAAUCCUAGAGGAAAACCAGUUUCAGUCUGCUUUCCACAAGACACUGGGAGAUUAAUUCACAUUUCAGCAGGACAAUAACCUAAAACACAAGGCCAAAUCUACACUGGAGUUGCAUACCUAGAAGACAGUGAAUGUGCCUGAGGGGCCGAGUUACAGUUUUGACUAAAUCUGCUUGAAAAUCUAUGGCAAGACUUGAAAAUGGUUGUCUAGCAAUGACUAACAACCAAUUUGACAAAGCUUGAAGAAUUUUGAAAAGAAUAAUGGACAAUUUAUUGUACAAUCCAGAUGUGAAAAGCUCUUAGAGACUUAUCCAGAAAUACCCACAGCUGUAAUUGCUGCCAAAGGUGAUUCUAACAUGUAUUGACUCCGGAGUGUGAAUACUUAUGUACAGUGCAUUUGGAAAGUAUUCAGACCCCUUGACUUUUUUCACGUUUUGUUACAUUACAGCCUUUUUCAAAAAUUGAUUUAAAGAAAAAAUAUAUAUAAUAAUAAUGACCAAGCGAAAACAGGUUUUCUGACAUUUUUGCAAAUGUAUUAAAAAUAAAAAAACAGAAAUACCUUAUUUACAUAAGUAUUCAGACCCUUUGCUAUGAGACUCGAAAUUGAGCUCAGGUGCAUCCUGUUUCCAUUGAUCAUCCUUGAGAUGUUUCUACAACUUGAUUGGAGUCCACCUGUGAUAAAUUCAAUUGAUUGGACAUGAUUUGGAAAGGCAAACACCUGUCUAUAUAAGGUCCCACAGUUGACAGUGCAUGUCAGAGCAAAAACCAAGCCAUGAGGUCGAAGGAAUUGCCCGUAGAGCUCCGAGACAGGAUUGUGUCGAUGCACAGAUCUGGGGAGGGGUACUAAAAAAUGUCUGCAGCAUUGAAGGUCCCCAAGAACACAGUGGCCUCCAUCAUUCUUAAAUGGAAGAUGUUUGGAACCACCAAGACUCUUCCUGAGCUGGCCGCCCGGCCAAACUGAGCAAUCGGGGGAGAAGGGCGUUGGUCAGGGAGGUGAACAAGAACCCGAUGGUCACUCUGACAGAGCUCCAGAGUUCCUCUGUGGAGAUGGGAGAACCUUCCAGAAGGACAACCAUCUCUGCAGCACUCUACCAAUCAGGCCUUUAUUGUAGAAUGGCCAGACGGAAACCACUCCUCAGUAAAAAGCACAUGACAACCCGCUUGGAGUUUGCCAAAAGGCACCUGAAGGACUCUCAGACCAUGAGAAAUAAGAUUCUCUGAUCUGAUGAAGCAAGAUUGAACUCUUUGGCCUGAAUGCCAAGCGUCACGUCUGGAGGAAACCUGGCACCAUCCCUACAGUGAAGCAUGGUGGUGGCAGCAUCAGGCUGUAACGUAACAAAAUGUGGGGUCUGAAUACUUUCCGAAUGCACUGUAAAUUAGAUAUUUCUUUAUUUCAUUUUCAAUAAAUUUGCAAACAUUUCUCAAAACAUGUUUUCACUUUGUCAUUACAUCACUUUGGGGCAUUUUGUGUAGAUGGGUGAGAAAAAACAUGUAUUUAAUCAAUUUUGAAUUCAGGCUGUAACAACAAAAUGUGGAAUAAGUCAAGGGGUAUAAAUACUUUCUGAAGGCACUGUAUAUGUACAUAGCUACCUCAAUUACCUCGUGCCCCUGCACAUCGACUCGGUACUGGUACCCCGCGUAUAUAGCCAAUUUAUCGUUACUCAUUGUGUAUUUAUUCCUCGUGUUAUUAUUUUUAUAUUUUAAAAUUAUUUAUCAUUUUUUCUCUCUGCAUUGUUGGGAAGGGCCGUAAGUAAGCAUUUCACUGUUAGUCUACACCUGUUGUUUACAAAGCAUGUGACAAAUAAAAGUUGAUUUGAUGUACAGUAAUGCUGUGGAAGGCUUGCUUACACCAGUCCAGUCACGUCAUAAUAUAUUAUAUGCUAGCCAUGACUAAGAAUAGUACGUAUUUUCAUUGCUUGUACAUUACUCUUCUUAGUCCUAUGGCUAAUUAUAUGCAUUUUGAGAGUAUUCGAACAGGGCAUUGCCUUUGUAAUUCUCUCCCUAACUCCAUGCAAAUGGCCAUUUGUCUCUCCUGAUCUAUAUUGAUGCUUCCUUGACCCUGAAUAAAUUACAUAUGGACGGUCAGAUCUGGUUUUUGACACGCUCACUACAGUUGUCCUCCUUUCAGGCUUACAAGCUGCGAGUGACCCACCUGUACCAGCUCAAGCAGCACAGCAUUUUGGUCUCGGUUGGGCAGGACGAGCAAGGAAUUAACCCCUUGGUAAGAACAUUUGAAGGAUGUAUUUAAUACAGACUAUCAAAAAAAGAGUGUGUUAGUUGGUUAUUUGUGAACUGUUAUUAAAAACCCAGCUGUUUCCCAGGUGAAGGUAUGGAAUCUGGACAAGCGAGACAGCGGGAAUCCUCUGUGUACCAGAAUAUUCCCAGCUAUUCCUGGGAACAAGCCAACAGAGGUGUCCUGCCUCACUGUACACGAGAACCUCAACUUUAUGGCCAUUGGUAAGCAGCAUUUCUUCAGCACUACCUAUCAGUCAGCUGUAGUUUAGAUUUGGGUUUGACAUUUGUGUUUGCUCCCUGAUAUAAAUCGAUAAUCCCCAUGUCCUUGCAGGCUUCACAGAUGGCAGUGUGGUGUUGACAAAGGGUGACAUCACUCGGGACAGGCACAGUAAAACCCUGACACUGCAUGAGGGCACCUGUCCAAUCACGGGCCUUGCUUUCCGUCAGCAGGGCAAGGUCACUCACCUAUUUGUUGCCUCUCUGGAAAAAGUCCACGUAAGUAAUUCGAGUUUUCCAAUGCCACUCUGAUAAGUGAAGUCCUUACAAUCGCUUUUGAGAUCAAUUCAGUCAAUUCAGGAUAUCAAUGUAAAUUACAAUAAAAUAUUUGAAAAGUGCCACAUAUUUUCAAUGAGGAUUUGAAUUGAUAGAUUUGAAAUGGCAUUGACCCCAAGCCUGUCACCAAACUACUAUUACCUUGGAGCAUAAGCACUAACUUGCUUCUGUUUCAUUUGGUGUUGUUUUACCCCCAUGACUAGUGCUACACUUUGAUGGUGAAAGAGUACCCUAAACUGGAGCUGGACACCCACGGCUGUGCGCUGCGUUGCUCUGCGCUCACAGACCCCUACCAGGACUCCCAGUUCAUCGUCGCGGGGGACGAGUGUGUGUACCUUUACCAGCCCGACGAACGGGGGCCCUGUUUCGCUUUCGACGGGCACAAGCUGCUGGCCCACUGGCACCGGGGAUACCUCCUGCUGCUCACCAGGGACACCAAGUCUCCCAACAAGUAAGAACAACUCCCUCAGAUGCUGGCACAGCAGCCAUUUCUAUUGAGCGGGUCCCCUAAGGUUCAAGGCCAGGGUCAGUAAGAGUCUUUAUUUAUUACAACAAUGAAACACAACAGUUUUAUACUAAAUCUAUUUAUGUUGAAUUGGAAAAACGCAGUAGGUUGUAUUUUCAACCAAACCACCCAUGCAUAUUUUCAGGUGAUAUAACUAUAUUAACUCCUAUGACAAUGUAUUGAAUACAAGUUCUGUACUAAGGUCUGAAUUUGGGAGCAGAGAGACGUCUCCGUCGGAGAAGCAAACCUUGACUAUCUACGACCUGGACAACAAGUUCAUUGCCUACAGCGCUUCCUUUGACGACAUCAUUGACGUUCUGGCCGAAUGGGGCUCUUUCUACAUCCUGACUCGGGACGGAAAGAUGUUUGUUCUGCAGGAGAAGGACACUCAGACCAAGCUAGAGGUGAGCCCAAAGUACACUGACUGACGUCAUGCCUUCUUUUCCCCUCAAACGUAUUAUGUUACACUCUGUACCGUAUUGAACUGGAAUCUGGAGGGCUACAGGUUUUAGAUCCCAGGUAUUGUUUACUGCCGUUGUGCCAUUGAGUAAGGCACUUAACUCUUCAAUCUGUCUUUAGAUGCUAUUCAAGAAGAAUCUGUUUGUGAUGGCCAUAAACCUGGCUAAGAGCCAGCACUUGGACAGCGACGGGCUAUCUGAGAUCUUCAGGCAGUACGGUGACCACCUCUACGUGAAGGGGGACCACGACGGAGCCAUCCAACAGUACAUCCGGUAAUGCUCACCCAGGGGUCGAUGCAUCUAACUUCAACUUCAUAAUACAUAGUUAAUAAUGAUAAAUAGGAUUUAUAUACAGUUUUUGUAAACCCCAUGUCAUGUCAUAGAUGCUGAUAUAGUUAAUAUUAAACAUGGUAUUUUAUAGACAAGUAAUCCCAUAGAGUUGGGAUUGUAUAACAUCAAUAAGGAAAUGUGUAAUGUAUAUAUAUUCACUUUGUAGUGUGUCUUUGGUAUGCAGAAAAAGUGACCAGUGGUUAAUGCUAAUUGAAACCACUUGGUUAUUGUUUUAUGGGUUGUGCCAUGUUUGCUAUCUUGCAAAAAGUACUGACAGCUACCGACCCUUGUCUUAUCCAAUCAAGUCCUGUUGACAUGAUCAACAAGCCGCAUUCACUAAUCCUUAAGCAUUUCUGUCAGUUGGAAUCUUGGUGGGGAUAUGUGAGAGGAGGUCAGUGUUUCCCCUACCUUUGUAUAGGCAAGGUGGGCUCUCCCAAAUUGGGCUUCAAAUGCUUUAAAUUGAACAUGAUGGUAUCAGAGGAAAACAAUGGAAAGCAAACCCUAGCGGUGUUUAAUUGAGAGAAAAUGGGUUUUGUGCUCCAACAGUGGGCGUAGAGGGGCUGCCUAAAAUAUGUACUGAAUGCGGACAGAAGGCAGCACCAAAAGCCUGUAUUUUUUUUUUUUUGUCAUUUAGCAGACGCUCUUAUCCAGAGCGACUUACAUGAGCAAUUAGGGUUAAGUGCCUUGCUCAAGGGCACAUCGUCAGAUUUUUCAUCUAGUCGGCUCGGGGAUUAGAACCAGCGACCUUUUGGUUACUGGCACAACGCUCUUAACUACUAAGCUACCUGCCGCCCAGCUACCUGCCGUGUUCCAUCAUAUGUCCAUUGAAAACGCAACCUCUCUGCCCUCCCUCCCUUAGCACUAUCGGGAAGCUGGAGCCCUCUUACGUGAUACGUAAGUUUCUGGAUGCUCAGCGGAUCCACAACCUAACGGCCUACCUGCAGGCUCUGCACUGGAAGUCGCUGGCCAACGCCGACCACACCACCCUGCUUCUCAACUGCUACACCAAGCUCAAGGACAGCUCUAAGCUUGAAGAGUUCAUCAAGGUUAGCAUUUAUACUGUAAACCAAGGGUUGGUCUCCAACUCCGGUCCAGGGGUUAGCUGUGUAUGCAGGCUUUCAUUCCAGGCCUUCAGCUAAUCAUGGUCCAGACUAAAGUCUGGGAUUAGUUGAAGCAGGUGUGUUAGUGAUGGCUUGGAACAAAAGCAUAUACACCCAGUUGCUCUCAAGGACUAGAAUCAUUGCCCUGAGAAGGAUUCAGAAUACCAUUUUGGGUAAGAAACUGAUGAUAGUAAUAAUAAUAUAUGCCAUUUAGCAGACGCUUUUAUCCAAAGCGACUUACAGUCAUGCGUGCAUACAUUUUUAUGUAUGGAUGGCCCCGUGAAUAGACAUUGAAUCCACAAAUAUGUACGACAUCAUGCACGUAAGGUCUCUCAGCGCUCUGACAUAAUUUCAUUUCCCCUUCGACCACCUUCAGAGCAGCGAGAGCGAGGUCCACUUCGACGUGGAGAUCGCCAUCAAGGUGCUGCGCCAGGCAGGCUACCACAGUCAUGCCGUCUUCCUGGCCGAGAGGCACCAGCACCACGAGUGGUACCUGAAGAUCCAGCUGGAGGACCUGAAGGUAAUAGAGAUUAGAAAGUAGUAGAGGAUGUAGUACUGUUAAGAUCAGCCAUCUGGGCUAGAUAUAUAGACAUCGGGUCCCCCCUAGCUCACAUGGCCUAUCUGACAGAUCUCUUAAUCUUGUCCCUGAUAAGAUAAGCUAGGUGAGCUUUGAGUCUGUCUCAGGCUGUUGGACAAUGUUGAAAUGAGCAGCAAUGUCAUUUGAUGGUAUUUAGAUAGGAGUAAACAAUAAAUUAUGUUAUGAAUGAAGGCUUCCCCAGGAUGUUGCAUUACUGAAAUUCAGAGUCAAAAUCGACAUUAAGGAUAGUUUUAACAUCCUUGAGCAGCAGGGUGUUGUGGUAGGCGUUGGCCAGAGACUUCCGUGCAUGGCCUGCAGGUUGGCCAUCAGGUUUUAGAUCCGCUGAGCAUCCAGAAACGUACGUAUCACGUAAGAGGGCUCCAGCUUCCCAGCUGAGUUGCGUUUUCAAUGGACAUAUGAUGGAACACAACGGCACAGGCUUUUGGUGCUGCCUUCUGUCCGCAUUCAGUACAUAUUUUAGGCAGCCCCUCUACUCCCAUUGUUGGAUCACAAAACCCAUUUUCAAAUUACAAUGUAUGAUUAUAAUUGGACAAAGAGCCUCUUCUCCUACCCUUGGGUAAAGUCAAUCCGAUUUGAACAACCCUUCACCGAAAUUCAAACCCCUUUGUCUCCCUCCUCUAUGUUCCAUACAGAACUACCAGGAGGCCUUGCGCUACAUUGGGCGACUUCCCUUCGAGCAGGCAGAGAGAAACAUGAAGCGCUACGGCAAGACCCUGAUGCACCACGUCCCUGAUGGCACCACACUGCUCCUCAAGGGCCUGUGUACCGACUACCAGCCCAGCUGGGACACCGCAGACAGAGACAGCCUGGACAGGGGCCCGGCGGCGGCCAACAAGGUCAGCCGGUUAGCCGUUAGCGGUUAACCUCACCAGGCAGCCACAUCACCUGGGCAGCCGAGCACGAAGCCCAUUAGUCCUAGCAACACUAGUCUAGCAGUAUUAGCACUUCACUUUGGAUUUAAGAUCCUUUCUCUAAUUAAAAUGGCUUUAUCAAUUUAGUCUAAGACAAGGAAUACAGCUUAUAUUGAGAAGGAUGGUACUAUUUCUAAUGGUUAUAAUGAUAAAGUUAUGCUAAAAUGCAUAUAUCAUGGAAUAGUAAUAACACUACUCAUUGUAGUGGUCAGAACCUGGUAAUAUCAGGAUGUAGGACGGGACAUAAACCUAACAACUUCAAUGGCCCAAAGUUUGGUUCAAAUUGGAUGUUACGUACUAUAUCUAUUGAAUAUGAUAUGAAUCCUAUACAUUUAAAUGGCCAAUUUAGGUGCAAUCAAUUAGCAGACAUUUUUUCAGAGAUCAAAUUAUAUUUCAACACAAUAAUGUUGCAGGAAUGCUAAUCUUAUCCGUUUCUAACUACAGAAAUGAUUUCAAAACAAUCUGAGAUGGUGGGUGUCAUGGCUUGAUGAAAUUACAUGGAACAACCCUGUACCUUUAUCUCCCAGGCCAAUUCAGAGGAGUUCAUCCCUGUGUUCGCUAAUAACCCGCGGGAGCUAAGGGCCUUCCUGGAGCACAUGAUGGAGGUGGAGCCCUUCUCCUCUCAGGGGGUGUAUGACACGCUGCUAGAACUACGGCUGCAGGACUGGGCACAUGAACAAGACCCUGAGGUGAUGGGAACACACACAAACACAUAUUUGUACUGAAAACCGCGACAUGUUCAGUCAAACAACCUAAACUCAUAUAGAUAUACAUUUACAAAAUGCUACAAAUGAAAUAUUAGAUGACAUACCUGCAGCCUAAAUGACUUUGACGUAAGUUUUCAGAAUAAACACCUUUCCUCACCUUGUAGUGUCACCAAUUCAUGUUAAACUAUUUAUGUGUUUUGUCUGGAGUAUCAAAUGUAUUUCUUUUGUCUGGUAUGUCAUCUUUCUAUUUUUUCUGGCAGAGGAAGAAGGUCCUGCAGGGGGCAGCACUGUCGUUGCUGAGGAGCGACAACACCGUAUUUGACAAGGCACUCGUCCUGUGCCAGAUGCACAACUUCAAAGAAGGGGUCCUGUACCUCUAUGAGAAGGGCAAGCUGUGAGUCUUCCUGUCUCUAAACCUUUGCAGUCAGAAACACAUGAGCCCAAUUCCAAUAUUUCUGCUUCUCUCUGAAGUGUACAUUCGUUCACUCCACCUCGUGGAUUUAAAACCAUGGGAUUGGUGUAGCCGGAUUGUCUACCAUUUAACACCAAGAUCCAACGCUUUAAAAUCCAUGAUGGAGAGUGAACAAGUGCAGACUUUGGGGACUUCAUUGGUGUGUACUGAUAUUAAAUAUUAUUAUCAAUGAUGUCAUUUGAAUGAUGUUGUUGAUGAUGUCAUUCUCUCUUUAGGUACCAGCAGAUCAUGCACUACCACAUGCAGAACGAGGAGUACGGCAAAGUGGUGGAGGCCUGCAAGCGCUACGGUGACCAGGAAGUGUGCCUGUGGGAGCAGGCGCUGGGCUACUUUGCCCGCAAAGAGGAGAACUGCAAGGCCUACAUCAGCCAAGUCCUGCAGCACAUCGACCAGAACAACCUGAUGCCUCCCUUAUUGGGUGAGCGUGAGCUGGUGGCCGUUUUUCUCAGUAUUUCUCCUUCUCUGUAGAUUAAGACUGGGGCUUUCUGUCGAGAUUUGCCUAGUAGUCACUGCCUGAAUUUUAUCAGACCUCACCAACUUAAAAGUAACUCAAGUGUUCUUUGCAGUUUCCUGCCUUCGCUUCCUUCCUGUUAAUGAAUGUCUCACUGGCUAGAGUGUUUCUGUUCUGUUUUGACUGCAUGGCUAACCUCAAAUCAAUGGAUGAAAACUAGUAGUGAUUUUUUAAUGUCAUAUGCACACAUCUAUGAUAAACUUGCCAGUUGUUGGGUUAAGUAACCUAUAGGGCUUUAUAUGUUAAUAGGAAAAGUAAUUGGAGCAUUAUAACAGAGUUUGAGAAUUUUAUUGGGCACUGUUGCUAAGUUUUGUGUGUAUGUAUGUGCUUGUGUGUCUGUCUAUGCGCAUGUUGGUCCACAGUGGUGCAGACGCUGGCACACAACUCCACGGCUACACUGUCGGUCAUCAAGGACUACCUCAUCAACAAGCUGCAGAGGGAGACACAGCAGAUCGAGGACGACGAGCGCAAGAUCUGCCAGUACCGUGAGGAGACUGCCCACCUCCGCACCGAGAUCCAGGAGCUUAGAAGCAGGUGAGGGACAGGAAAAUCAUAGCCAAAAUCCAGUCCAAAAACAACCCCUAUCCCCUAGAGCUGGGUCAUGUUCACAACUGGAGUUUCCUCCAUAUUCCAUCCAUCCAGUUGUUUGACAUCUAUGUGGGGCGAGAAGUGUCUAGGAGUGGAGGCUAAGGGCAGUCCUGCGCACUAAGAUACACAAACACAAUCUACAUUUGCUUGAUGGCUGAACUUUGAAGCAAAUGUAACUAUAUUUGGAAUGUGUUUUUAGUACUGUAUUUUGAAAGCUUGAUUUGACCUCCCAAAGACCAUUCAUUGAAACUGUACUGAUUUCGAUGUAUUUUCUUGUUUCUCUCUCCACCUCUUUUCUCACUUACAGUGCAAAGAUUUUCCAGAAGACCAAGUGCAGCAUGUGUAACAGCCCCCUCGAGCUGCCCUCUGUUCACUUCCUGUGCAGUCAUUCAUUCCACCAGCACUGCUUCGAGAGCUAUGCCGAGAGCGAGGCCGAGUGUCCCACUUGUACACCGGAAAACCGCAAGGUCAUGGACAUGCUGCGUGCCCAGGACCAGAAGCGAGACCUGCACGACCACUUCACCAGACAGGUGAAACACACACACAAAUAAAUACUUUAUUUGAAUCACCAAUCAAAUGUACAUUAAAAAAGGAUCCAAACAUUUCAAAGGUCUCUGUAUGCAGGGCACUCAAGGGUACAGAAAGCACCUCCUUCUUCAAACAGCUAGGCUGCCCACGACAGCUGAAACAGUGCAGUACCUAGCCAACUGCUUUGCCCGUAAUCUGGAGGCCUCACACUGCAAGCCUGUGUACGUGGCCGAGACUGUCAAAUAUCAGCGCCACCAGCUUGUACCUACACCCGGGGUUGUCAAGCGUGCCACGAGGGGCUGGUAUUUAAGAAGCUCAUUGGCAAAGGCCUGCUCCAUGUUGCAGUCAAAUGAGCAGCCCACUUACAAAAUGAAUGCUUCCCCCCACAACAACCAUAUUUGGCGUAUUUGGCACACAGCAAAAUACAUCAUCAUACAACAUCAAACCAGCUUCCUCUUACACAAGAAUGCUUAUGGAUUCGCUGACUAUCAGGUCGACAAGACGGUCAUGUUUAGCGAUGUACAAAGCCUUGUAUGGACAGCAAUCAUUCACAACAUGGGCAAUGGACUCCAUUACAUUUGACUCAUGUAGAAUACAAAAUGGGUCAUGGUUUGCAGGGUACCAGAGUGCUAGAUUACACACACACACACACACGGAAAUACCCUCUUUGCUUGUCUUUUCUCUUUCUGUCUCUCUUCUCUCCCUCUUGUGUUCGAAUAUGCUAUAUUGGCACGACAUAAAACUACAAAGUUUUGUAUAGUGGUCAAUUCAUUGAAUAAGAAGUAGUAAUAGUGCAACAAUUAAUACACUGCUCAAAAAAAUAAAGGGAACACUUAAACAACACAAUGUAACUCCAAGUCAAUCACACUUCUGUGAAAUCAAACUGUCCACUUAGGAAGCAACAAUGACUGACAAUAAAUUUCACAUGCUGUUGUGCAAAUGGAAUAGACAACAGGUGGAAAUUAUAGGCAAUUAGCAAGACACCCCCAAUAAAGAAGUGGUUCUGCAGGUGGUGACCACAGACCACUUCUCAGUUCCUAUGCUUCCUGGCUGAUGUUUUGGUCACUUUUGAAUGCUGGCGGUGCUUUCACUCUAGUGGUAGCAUGAGACGGAGUCUACAACCCACACAAGUGGCUCAGGUAGUGCAGCUCAUCUAGGAUGGCACAUCAAUGCGAGCUGUGGCAAGAAGGUUUGCUGUGUCUGUCAGCGUAGUGUCCAGAGCAUGGAGGCGCUACCAGGAGACAGGCCAGUACAUCAGGAGACGUGGAGGAGGCCGUAGGAGGGCAACAACCCAGCAGCAGGACCGCUACCUCCGCCUUUGUGCAAGGAGGAGCACUGCCAGAGCCCUGCAAAAUGACCUCCAGCAGGCCACAAAUGUGCAUGUGUCUGCUCAAACGGUCAGAAACAGACUCCAUGAGGGUGGUAUGAGGGCCCGACGUCCACAGGUGGGGGUUGUGCUUACAGCCCAACACCGUGCAGGACGUUUGGCAUUUGCCAGAGAACACCAAGAUUGGAAAAUUUGCCACUGGCGCCCUGUGCUCUUCACAGAUGAAAGCAGGUUCACACUGAGCACAUGUGACAGACGUGACAGAGUCUGGAGACGCCGUGGAGAACGUUCUGCUGCCUGCAACAUCCUCCAGCAUGACCGGUUUGGCGGUGGGUCAGUCAUGGUGUGGGGUGGCAUUUCUUUGGGGGGCCGCACAGCCCUCCAUGUGCUCGCCAGAGGUAGCCUGACUGCCAUUAGGUACUGAGAUGAGAUCCUCAGACCCCUUAUGAGACCAUAUGCUGGUGCGGUUAGCCCUGGGUUCCUCCUAAUGCAAGACAAUGCUAGACCUCAUGUGGCUGGAGUGUGUCAGCAGUUCCUGCAAGAGGAAGGCAUUGAUGUUAUGGACUGGCCCGCCCAUUCCCCAGACAUGAAUCCAAUUGAGCACAUCUGGGUCAUCAUGUCUCGCUCCAUCCACCAACGUCACGUUGCACCACAGACUGUCCAGGAGUUGGCGGAUGCUUUAAUCCAGGUCUGGGAGGAGAUCCCUCAGGAGACCAUCCGCCACCUCAUCAGGAGCAUGCCCAGGCGUUGUAGGGAGGUCAUACAGGCACGUGGAGGCCACACACACUACUGAGCCUCAUUUUGACUUGUUUUAAGGACAUUACAUUAAAGUUGGAUCAGCCAGUAGUGUGGUUUUCCACUUUAAUUUUGAGGGCGACUCCAAAUCCAGACCUCCAUGGGUUGAUAAAUUUGAUUUCCAUUGAUAAUUUUUGUGUGAUUUUGUUGUCAGCACAUUCAACUAUGUAAAGAAAAAAGUAUUUAAUAAGAUUAUUUCAUUCAUUCAGAUCUAGGAUGUGUUGUUUAAGUGUUCCCUUUAUUUUUUUGAGCAGUGUAUAUCAAGUCUGAGGUUCAAUAUAAAAUUCACUAAUAAAUAUUUAAUUUAAUUUACCACUAAAGAUCUCCAUCUUUCUUUCAGAACUGAUGUGUAGGCUACUACUUCUCUAUCAUGGCUCACUUUUUAUUUCUAUGCAUUUCAGCUGCACUGCUCCAACGACGGUUUCUCUGUGGUGGCGGACUACUUUGGCCGCGGGGUGUUCAACAAGCUGACCCUGGUCACCGACCCUCCGGGCAGCAAGGCGGGAAGCCUGGAUGUAGACCUGCAGAGGGACCUUCUCAUCCACACCAAGAGGAAGACUUGAGGGCCACAGGGCCCAACAGACGUGGCUUGCAACCCUACACUAUUACCCUUUUCACACAAUCAUGCUGACCCAAACCAAACUGGGCUGGCUCUGAUAUUUUAUUUUCAAGAUUGUCCUUUUCAGUGCGGUUGGUUGGCUUGGUUUAGCUCUGUAGUGUGAAAAGCCCUUAGGUGCUGUGUUAUACGGCGGUUGUUAAAACGCGCUUCUGCUCAAGCUAAGAAUUCACUACUAUACCCAGCUGCAGAGCAGCAGACCCUCUGUUCAAUGGGAACCCUGACCCAUAGUGCUUUGUUCUGUAGUUCAGGAUGCCACACAAUAUUUAGUCAAGAUGAAUCCGAGUCAGACUCCUGUUGCAACACCAGUAAGAGAUGUGUUGGUAGUUUCUGUUGCUAUGCCAGGUGUUUCUUGAAUGUGUGAUGUUCUGAUGCAUGUUACUUAACACGUCUGUGCAUCUGGGUUGUUGUGUUCAUUAGGGCAAAUAAUUGAAAACAUUUUUUAAAUGCUUUGCACCGGAAAAUGAAUAUGAGCGUUUCUUAUUGGACAAGUCCAGUUAGUCCCUGUUUUCUUCCAUUUGGUACCUAAUAAACACAACCCUGGUCCAAGCACUGAGCACAGAGGUUCAGAAGAAUGAAGGGUUGUUGGAAGGAUUGUUUCAUGCGCUUGAUUUAUGUUUAUUGUAUAAUGUACAGUACCAGUCACACCUACUCAUUCAAGGGUUUUUCUUUAUUUUGACUAUUUUCUACAUUGUAGAAUAAUAGUGAAGACAUCAAAA